UUCUUCGUAAGCCCAGGUUAAGUUUGAUUGUGAUAAUUUGCGCGUCGACUCUUCUGUUGUUAUUGGGAAUGUUUGGAGAGUGGAAUUACACGAAGAAGACAUCGUAUCGCAUUAUUUCGCCAGCUGAAUAUCACCAGUCCUUUCAGAUGUUAACCAACAUAGAUAUUGAGACUCUGAAGACUCAUCAGAACUGUUCUCCAGAAACACACAUCCUCUUUCUGAAGACACACAAAACAGGAUCUUCUACAAUAUCAAACAUUUUUUUCCGUUAUGGAGAUUCUCGCGGUCUUCAAUUUAUUCUUGGUUCAGACACACUGGUUGGUUGGCCAAGUCCUUUCAGAAUUUCACACACCCUACAUCCUAAUGGAUUUCAGCCAAAUUUUCUAUGUAGUCACACAAGAUUUAGUAAGAAAACUAUGAAUUACUUAUUUCCAAAAGACAGGAGUAAGUACAUAACAAUCCUUCGACAUCCUGUGGACCAAUUUGAGUCUGUUUUCAAUUACAUGGGGUUUGGUGAGGUAUAUAAUUUAGGGAGUGAUGCGACAGAAUCUAUAAAAGGAUUUCUUAGGAAAGGAAUAGAGUUUAAAGACAUCUUUAGGGCAAGAUCAUCUGUUCUAGCAAGAAAUCCAAUGAUGUUUGAUUUAGGUUUGGACUACAAGUUUUACCAGAAUGCAUCAGCUGUGAAAGACUACAUUGCAUUUUUGGAAAAGGAGUUUGACUUAGUCAUGAUAACAGAGUAUUUUGAGGAAUCUGUGGUGCUGAUGAAGCGUUUGCUCUGCUGGUCAUUCAUUGAUAUUCUUCACAUUAAAACUAAUGAGAGAAUUGCCCAAGAAAGAGCAGAGUUCAGUGGAAACUUGAGAGAAAACAUAAAACGCUGGAACAAAGCAGAUAUGUUACUUUAUGAUCACUUCAAUAAAACAUUUUGGUAUAAAAUAGAAAUGGAAGGGAAAGAGUUUUAUGAAGAUCUUGCAACUUUUCGUCGACUGAAAGAGGUUUUACACAAAAACUGUUUUGGAGAAGCAACAGUUGUGGAGGUUUAUCCUGGCAAGUAUGCAAAGACAUUGUCUUUAAAUCCAAACGUAUCAGGAGUGAGCAGAGAGGUAUGCAAAAAACUUAUUUUAAAGGAAAACAGCUACCUAAGUUAUUUAAGACAGAAGCAGUUGUACAAAUCACCAGGCCCUAUUGACACAACAAUAAUUGAGGAUGACCAACCUAAUAUCAGCUGGAGUGUAUCAAAAGAUUUUCAGUAUGAUCCUCUACCAAUAUAA